AUGACAGGAGAGCAGAGACCCGCACGGAUCGUGAUGACCACCCUGCUGCUCACCGAGCAGGUGGCACGAGAAGACCAUGGCCCAGAGGGGACCUACAUCCUCUAUGGAUCCUCCUGUUCCCAAAUCACUGAGGAAGCUGAAUACGUGAACAAGGUAUUUCUGACCAGUGAGGAGCCUAGUUGGAACUGGAGCCCAGUCGGGAGGAGGGUGAUGGAAACAGAAGAGCAGCUGCUGGUGGUGAGCAGGGAAAACCAAGUGCUGAGGAUCAAGCUGGAAGCCACGAGAGAAGCAGGGGUGCAGGCCCUCAGAUCUGCCUCCCAGAAGCUGUAUGAGAAUUACCAGAGUUGGUCAGAAGGCCUGAAAAAAAGCCACGAGAAGGAGAAGCAGCAACUCCAGGCUUACAAUCUCCAACAAGAAGAGAAGCUCCAGGAAAGCAUGGGAAACACCAGCCACCUCACCCAAGGGCUCCAGGAAAGAGCUGCCUGCAUCGCAGAGAUGGAGAAGCGAGUGCAGAGGAUGGAGGAGGAAAAGAAAAGGCUGCUGGAGAAGAAAAUGUCAUGUGAAAAGAUGCUUCAACAGAUGAUGGGGAGGAGUGAAGAUGGCAAGAGGUGCCUGGAUCUCCAGAGGCAGAUUUCCACCCUGCAGGAGCAGAUCUGCCACCUGCAGCACCUGAUCCAGGUGCAGCACCAAGGCCUGCGCGGCGUCAUCCAGGAGGCAGAGGAACUGAAGAACCAGCUCAAAAGCCACAAUGAAAAAAUAGAAAACCUGACAGAGAAGCUGACCAUGCUGGAAGCUCAGAACAAAGAACUGAAAGACCAAGUGCAGCUGUGGUCUGGCCAGCCCAAGACAAAGGUUUCAAGAGCUGUCUGGACAGACACCCCAGGAGAAUCUGGAGCUUUUGGAGCACCCUCCUACCUGAUGCUCACCAGGCUAAGGAAGCAAGAGAGCUAA